AUGAUCACUUGGUCAAAAGAAAUUGUUAAACAUGACAGUCUGUCAGUGGAAAGUGAAAUAAGCAAGGAAUUCGAUUUUGAAAACAUCAUUGAAAAUUGGAGUAUUCAUGUUAGCGCCUGCUUUCCAGACCUGAUCCUGGACCAGCAAGAACUGUUCAGUGACCUGAAUGACAGCAUGAGGGUUAAAGUACGAGAAGCCCUGCUCAAAAAGCAUCACCAUCAGAAUGAAAAAAAGAGAAAUAACCUCAUUCCCAUUGUUCGCUCUUUUGCUGAGGUUGGCAAGAAGCAGUCUGAUCCACAUUCGAUGGAUAAAAAUGGUCAAACUGUGUCUCCUCAGUCUGUUCCCACUACAAGUCUUGAAGUAAAAAAUGGAGUGAAUUGUGAACACAGUCCCGUGGAUUUAAGCAAGGUGGAUCUUCAUUUCAUGAAAAAAAUUCCCACUGGGGCAGAGGCCUCAAAUGUCCUGGUUGGAGAGGUGGAUACUCUGGACCGCCCCAUUGUUGCCUUUGUGAGGCUGUCUCCAGCUGUUCUUCUCUCAGGCCUGACCGAAGUGCCCAUCCCAACCAGAUUUUUGUUUAUCCUAUUGGGUCCAGUAGGGAAAGGUCAGCAGUACCAUGAGAUUGGCAGAUCCAUGGCUACCAUCAUGACUGAUGAGAUUUUUCAUGAUGUGGCAUAUAAGGCGAAAGAGCGAGAUGAUCUCCUGGCGGGGAUUGAUGAGUUCCUGGAUCAGGUCACGGUUUUGCCUCCGGGGGAGUGGGACCCCACCAUUAGAAUUGAACCACCCAAAAAUGUCCCUUCCCAGGAGAAAAGGAAAAUGCCCGGAGUUCCAAAUGGAAAUGUUUGCCACAUAGAACCAGAACCACAUGGGGGCCACAGCGGGCCAGAACUUCAGCGCACUGGGCGGCUCUUUGGGGGCUUGAUAUUGGACAUCAAGCGGAAGGCCCCCUGGUACUGGAGCGACUACCGGGAUGCACUCAGCUUACAGUGUUUGGCCUCCUUUCUGUUCCUGUACUGUGCCUGCAUGUCACCUGUCAUCACCUUUGGGGGAUUGCUCGGAGAAGCCACUGAGGGGCGCAUAAGUGCAAUUGAAUCCUUGUUUGGAGCCUCCAUGACUGGGAUUGCCUAUUCCUUGUUUGCGGGACAGGCUCUCACCAUCCUGGGAAGUACGGGGCCAGUGCUUGUAUUUGAAAAGAUUUUGUUCAAAUUCUGCAAAGACUACGCUCUUUCAUACCUCUCCCUGCGAGCUUGUAUUGGACUGUGGACCGCCUUCCUGUGUAUUGUCCUUGUGGCAACUGAUGCCAGUUCCCUUGUCUGUUACAUUACCCGCUUCACGGAAGAAGCGUUUGCCUCCCUGAUUUGCAUUAUUUUCAUCUAUGAAGCCAUAGAAAAGCUGAUUCACCUGGCAGAGACCUACCCCAUCCACAUGCACAGCCAGCUGGACCACCUUAGCCUGUAUUAG